CUCGAACGUCUAUAACUAUUGAGCCUGCGCAUCGCCAUGAAGCAAGCAGCCCCCAGUAACCUCACGCAAUGAGCGCCACAGCUACGCAUACCGCGACUAAGCGGACAGGCGACAUCGGGAGCGUCUUUGCGCAGUUCUCCGGCGGCACUCUCCCCCCCCACUUCGCGCGGCUGAAGCGUGAGCUCGUCCCUCCUGGGCGCGAAGAAGCGGUCAUCGCGAGCUGGCACCGUCUCCUCGCACGCCUACACGACGUCACAGCCGAGAUCGAGGCUAAAGGAUCAGACCUGAUCCCCGAAGUCCAGUUCGCCGAGCUGGAUGACAUCGCGCCGGAGGUGGAGGAUGAGGUGCGUGCCCGCGGCAUGGUCGUCGUGCGCGGCGUGACGGAUACCGACUUGGGCGCACAGCUGCGGAGCUACGUCCGCUCCAACCCAGUCACGGGCUUCCCGAAGGAGAACCCGCAGGUGUUCGAGGUGUACUGGAGUCCGGCGCAGGUCGGCGCACGGGCGCACUCUCAUGUCCUGAAAACACAGCGGUGGGCCAAUCGGCUCUUCCACGCGGGGGACGGCGCCGAGGUCGACCUCGACACGCCGGUAUCGUAUUGCGACCGCGCCCGCAUCAGGCAACCAGGCGACACCAGCUUUGCUCUGGGGCCUCACGCUGACGGAGGGAGUAUCGAGCUGUGGGAGGACAAAGGCUACAGGGCGCUCUACCGAUCCAUUUUCGCAGGCGAGUGGGAAAAGUACGACGCGUACGACGCAGUGCUACGAGACGGCGCCAACAGUAACCUGCACGAUGCUGUCGCGCACUGUGGCGUGACCCGGACAUGGCAGGGGUGGCUAUCGCUCUCCCACACAGGCGCGGGGGAGGGCACGCUACAAGUUUAUCCUGCGCUGCGCGAAGCUACUGCCUACAUUCUCCUGCGCCCUUUCUUCCGCGCUCUCCUUCCGCCUCAUGUACCAGGCUACCUCGCGCCGGAGAACUGGGUGCUGGACCUCGAGUCGGCUUCAUUCCCCGGCGCAGCGCUAGGCAAGACCAUCGAGCUGUCGCCCGAGACACACCCCCACCUCCGUUUGGAUAAGUGUAUGGUGCCUAUGAGGAGGGUGCGCCCCGGCGACUACGUGCUCUGGCACUGCGAGGGCGUGCACGCCGUCGAGAGCGUCCAUGAGGGCGCGGAGGAUAGUAGCGUGCUGUAUAUCGGGGCGUGCCCGCUCACGAAACGAAACGCCUGUCAUCUGCGUAAGCAGCGCGACUGUUUUGAGCGCGGCGAGAGCGGACCCGAUUUCCCCGCUGGUGUAGGUGAAGCUGAUUUUGAUGGACGAGCGACGGCGGCGGAUAUUAAAGGCGCCGAGGGGAGGCGCGCAAUGGGUUUGGAACCUUUCGAUGCUGCUUGGGGCCGAACCCAAGGUGUGCAGGCCUUGCGACGGGCUGCCAAUGAGAUCCUCUUUAGUCGUAGUACUGGGACACCACUCCCGGGGUGAUGCAUAUCGUGUGCCGCUC